CCUACAACGUUGUGGAAAGUAAACAGUGUUAUUUAUUAUUUAUUAAGACAAAAUGGGCAGAAAAAAUAAAGAAAAGCGAAAACACAAAGAAAAGGAAGAUGGCGAAUCAGACCAAACCGCAGCUGAACAGAAAUUGAAUCAAAAUGAGGAUGAAGAAGAAAUGGAUGCACAAGCAGUGGACCCUCAGCCGGAGGAAUUACCGCACAAGCGAGAACAUGACGACGACGACUCCGAUGUUGAAGACAAACCGAAAAGAAAGAAAAAGAAAAAACCAAUAGUACCUACUGAAACCACGGGACCCAAGAAAGGCCAAAAGUCGAUCCGACAAAUGAAGAGAGAAAAACAUGCUGAACGCCAAGCUACCGCCCAAGCCGUGGCCAAGGACGACCACAAAAACGAAUGCCUCAAUUACCUGUCGCAAUGGAAACACAAUAGACAAAACUGGAAAUUUAUGAAAGCAAAACAAGUAUGGCUCUUCAAAAACAAGUUCUCAACUUCAUUAGUACCGGAUGCAUCAUGGCCCACACUAUUGGAAUACUUUGAAUCAGCACAGGGCAACAUUCGGAAACUGCUGCUAGAAGAUGCAAACAAAAUAAUAAUGCAACUAGAUGACUGGACAGAAUCACAAAAUAAGGAAAGUAAAGAUGACGAAGAAACCGAGGAGACUAACACUGAAGCUGCCAAACCAGAUGAUAAUGUUUAUAAAAGAGCAAGGAACCUAAUACAAUGUUUACAAGAAUAAAUCAGUUUUU